AUGAAAUGCUACCGUGACUCCCCGAAAUAUCCGACGAUGGCUAUCGACGACAAUGCUAGCACCGAUCGGAGCUCCUUGCACAACUCGUGGGUGAUGCUGGAGCAGUCGAUCCACUCGGAGCAGGACAAGCAGGCAGAGAGCAUGGAUGCGAGUCAACUCAAGGAGGCGAUGCAGCGGCGAGAGAAGGCUCGAUCCAAGGUCAUGAAUGCGCUCAAGAAAGCUGGCGCCACUCCCUCAACCAUCCGUCAGGUGUCGCAGGCCAUGGAGAGGAGGACGCUGACCCCUAGGAGCAUCGACUUCGCUGACUCGCUCCCUCCUCUCGACCAGCCGCCCGCGUGGAGGGGGGAGGAGGAGGUCCGCAAGGUUGGGCUUGGGUGUACCUUGGAGAUGGACAUCAACGGCUUCUACUGGAUCUCGUCUGUGCUCCCUGGGGGACAGGGCAGCACCCUGCUCUCUAUCGACGGGGUUCCGAUCCGAAACAUGCCCCUGCAUGACAUUCGCCUCCUCUCGUCCGGCCCUGCCGGCUCCUCCGUCACCCUGCGCUACAGGCCCCCCGGACGAGACCCCAACCACCCGGCGAGCGAGAAGACGGUGACGCGACGGGAGUUCCAGCGGCUGUCGGCCCUUGGGAUGCUGGGGCAGCGUGAGGACGGGAGGGAGGCGAAGCACUCCAGCUCUCCUGAGAGCUCCUGGAUGCAGAGGAUGCUCAAGAACUUCUUCGGGAGCAAGGAAGCUGUUGCCAGCGACCGAGCGACGUUCCCUCAGCGCAGGCGAGAGGGGGGAGACGAGGGAGCUGACAGAAUGUCGAGCUACCUGUGGAGAGGCUCAGCUGGGGAGUCGACCUCAGACAAGAUCGUCAAUCUCGUGUCUCUCUCCAACAACAUGCAGACGCAGGAGAAGCUGUACCAGCCGCCGCUCUCCGACCGCCUUUCCCUGAGCGAAAGGAUAGCGGCGGCUGCGCACCGGGGGUAUAACGGGGCGAUGCUUGCGCAGGAGGACGUGGAUCAUGUGGACCUGGAGAUGGACAGGCAAGACCUCAAGGAGAAGCUCGAUGAGCUCGAUGAGGCGAUGAGAAACCUGACGAGGCCGCGGGACCAGCAGGCGCCGAGAGAGGACGAGGUGCAGGCCGUAGCCUCGAAGCAAGUGCCUCUGCCGGCUCAAGAAGAUGCGCACGAGAGUCAGCAGGAGCAGAAGCCUGUCUUCGUUCAGUUUGACCUCGUUGCCUUGACUUCCAUCCCAUCCCAAGUCCAGGAAAAGUUUGUGCUGAUGCUCAGCUGGGAUGGAGUUGAACAUCCGGAGUAUGUCACGUCCCCCAAGAGCGCUCAGUCCGACCUGCGCAUCAACGAGAACUUCGUCUUCCUCCUCUACGGCCUGCACGGCCUCGGAUCCAUGCACGUCGAUGUGUGUACCUACGAUGCCGCUUCGCAGUCAACCGUCGUCUGCGGGACUUCUGAGAUCCCUUGCGCCUUCUUCGACCGGGUCUUGUCGCAGGCAGAGCGCGAGGCCCACCAGUCGUUCGACAUCACUGAAGAUACCAUGCCCAGCACUGCGUCUUGCCAGCUCGAAGUUCGAGCGAAGCUGCUGGGCGAUCACGUGCUGCCCGAGCCCAGCAGGAGCCCAGUAGAGAAGGGGCUGCCCCCUAGUGUUCCCCAGACCCCUUGCGAUGACGCUCGAGCCCAAGAGGACAGGGUCUUGAAGCUCGGAAACGCUCCCUUCCACCUCAGGUUGAUCUCAGCUAAGGACCUCCCCAAGGUUGACAUAACAACAGGGCUGUGCGACCCCUACGUCAAGCUGAGCCUCGGGUCCAUCCUGCACAAGUCAACGGUGAAGCACAAGAACAGAAACCCCGUGUGGAAUGAGGAGUACUUCUUCUCUUUCCUCGACUCCGACGACGCUCCAUCCAAGCUCCACAUCGAGGUGUGGGACUGGAAUCAAGUCGUCCAGCACUCCCUGAUAGGAAGCGCCGUCGUCGACCUGGAGGAGAUCGUGCUCGACGCCAAGGGGAGAAGCGAGCAGACCUGGGUUCCUCUUGAGCUCAAGGUCCACGGCAAGACGAGAGUCAGCAGUUUCGUUUGCGUCCAGUUCAAGUCGGAGGAUGCGGAGGAGACGUCGAACUCAAGAGACUGCAAGAUACCGGACAGCCCAAGCUCGAAACUCCCCGAGGUGAGAAAGUGGCGUUGGUGUGCGAGGGAGAGUGAUGAAAAGCAGGGAUGGAAGGAGUACUGGAGUAGGUCUAAGAACAAACCUUACUACAAGAACAAGCACACCGGACAGACUUGUUGGCAUCUACCGGUCGAGUAG